AUGGAACAGUGGGCAUUCGAGCAGGACCUUGAAGUGGGUUUUAGCACUGAGAGAUCUGGGACUGGACCUCCCAUGAGUAAUGACCGGGUAACCAGGGUGAUGGGCAACAGUGCCCAAGAUCGGCAGAGAGGAGAAGGGAAAAGGCGCCCCGCGCCCAUCAACUCCGCAUCCCCAUACCUGGGUGGGGACAGCGGCGGGGCCCGCAGCCCCUACUGCCAGGAGCAAGCCGCCGAGGUGUUGAUGCCUAAGAAGAACCGGAUUGCCAUCUAUGAACUCCUUUUUAAGGAGAGAGUCAUGGUGGCCAAGAAGGAUGUCCACAUGCCUAAGCACCCGGAGCUGGCAGAUAAGAAUGUGCCGAACCUUCAUGUCAUGAAGGCCAUGCAGUCUCUCAAGUCCGGAGGCUACGUGAAGGAACAGUUAGACUGGAGACAUUUCUACUGGUACCUUACCAAUGAGGGUAUCCAGUAUAUCUGUGAUUACCUUCAUCUGCCCCCGGAGACUGUGCCUGCCACCCUACGCCGUAGCCGUCCAGAGACUGGCAGGCCUCGGCCUAAAGGUCUGGAGGGUGAGCGACCUGCGAGACUCACAAGAGGGGAAGCUGACAGAGAUACCUACAGAGGGAGUGCUGUGUCACCUGGUGCUGACAAGAAAGCCGAGUCUGGGGCUGGGUCAGCAACCGAAUUCCAGUUUAGAGGCGGAUUUGGUCGUGGACGUGGUCAGCCACCUCAGUAAAAUUGAAGAGGAUUCUUUUGCCUUGAAUAAACUUACAGCCAAAAAACCUUAAAAAA